CCUCACAUGUUGCUGCUGUGUGACCGUGACUCACUUUCCACUGGCCCGCGCAAGCUUUCCCUGACCUUUGGACAUGGAGGUGAGGAUUACCAACUCUAAGGACAACCAGUUGUUUGCCGGCAUCCAUGUGUGUGUGUGCAUGGCGGAGAAUCCUCCCAUCUAAAGCCCAGUGAGCAGCCAGGCUUACGAGCUCUUGUGACCCCACAGACCAGCGCCGGGCUUAGGGGUGUGUCAUCCAUGAUGCUGCUUCUAUAAACACAAGAACACAACAGAGACGUGAGCGCACAACGAGACGAGGGACUAAGAGGCCACUGGUUCAGACAGUUUUUAUUGUAUUUAUUGGUCAUGGAGAAAUUGUCCAAAGUCUCCAAACCUGUGCGACAGAAGACGCCUGGAAACCAGACGGAGGAAAAUGACGAGAUCCAGGACGGGAAACUACAAAUCAAGCAGGAAACAACAGAUGAAGAACUCACAGACCAAAAAGUGAUGGCCGGGGAGGCUUUGGACCGGAGGAACAUCUGGGAGCCGAGAGUUUACUACGCUCUGGGGAAGGAGUCCUUUCAUUUUGCUGGUCAUGACAUCAGCAUCCACGAAUCAAUAGAUACUUAUGGCGCUCUGAUCUGGCCUGGGGCUGUCGCUUUGUGCCAGUUCCUGGAGAAUAACCGCAGUCAAGUGAACCUGAUGGACAAAGCUGUGCUGGAGAUCGGAGCCGGGACUGGUUUACUCUCCAUACUGGCAAGUCUGCUGGGGGCUUGGGUGACAGCCACCGACCUGCCGGACAUCUUGCCUAAUCUGACCUUUAACCUUCUGCGAAACACCAAGGGCCGCUCCCGCUACACCCCUCAGGUGGCGGCCCUCACCUGGGGUCAGCACCUGGAGCGGGACUUUCCCCAUCUCUCCUGCCACUACGACUACGUGCUCGCGGCAGACGUCGUCUAUCACCACGACUCCCUGGAGGAGCUGCUGGAGACCAUGCGUCACUUUUGCCGACCAGGAAGUCGAACGACGCUGCUGUGGGCCAAUAAGAUCCGGUUCCAGUCAGACCUGAUGUUUAGAGAGCGCUUUGAGAGCAGUUUUAACACGACGCUGCUCACCGAGCUCCCACAGCAGGAGGUGAGGAUCUACCAGGCCACAGCGAAGGAGUGACAGGAGCCUGAAGAGGGGGGUAGGGGGAGUUUUCCAAAAAGUUAGAAAUUAGGUGUUUGUAAAAAGGAAUUUCCAUCAAAGGAAAGGUUUUAAUGACAUUCCUAGAUAGUGUUUUAGUUUGUUGUCACACAGAAAACAAAAUGAACUUCCUGACUCAAGUUUUCAUUUUAAUAAGCUAUUUUAUUCACCAGUACUUUUUCAUACAUUUGUGACUUCAUUCAACUUUUGUUCAAUAAUUUGUUUUUAAAAAUAAAUAGAUUUAUUGUAAA